GCUACGGGCGUGUCCGUUCAUUUGAAAUCGAAGAGGAUCUACCCUUUGGUGCAAUGCAUGAGAGAUAUCUCUGCGGACCAAUGUGGGUGGUGCUUGUAGGACGCAAGCUCUGAUUUUGUGGGAUGUGCUAAUGGAAGCAAGGCGGUCGCAUCCUCAGGGGCAGCUACAGUCUGGCUUUUGGAGUGCACCCCUUCUUUCUCGGCGAUCCAACACUAUCACUUCACCAGCACAAGCAUGGUGAGUCCCCACUCUUACUCCGCCGAAUCACAUGCUUAGAGAGUUGGUGGCUGUGAUGAAGGAACUGGCUUCAUGCUGUUGAACUUGGCAGACUUUUAUCAGGUCUGCUCUGUUUUAUUAGCUUCUGAAAGUAUAUCUUUCUUCCUAUUUACCAGGCCCCCCAUGUUCUUUUUGGCCUUCGGUACUUGAUGGCAAACUAACCUCCCACUAUAGUCACCUUGCUUUAGGUUCAUUUUAUUGUGUGCUGCAGUUAUGCUUUGGUGGAUAGUUCUUCUCAUCUGCUUAACUGGCGGGCUCCUGCUAGUAGCAGCCUGUGCAUUAAGCUUAGCUCGAAGAAGAAUGCAACAUCUGGAGAAGCUAAAACAGAAAGAAGCAACCUCAAUUGAUACUGAGAGUGUCAAAGAGAAUGAGGAGGCAAACUAUGAUUUACCGCAGAUCAGCCUGAGGACAAUAGAAGACACUACGGAUAAAUUUUCAAAAUCAAAUAAGCUUGGGGAAGGUGGAUAUGGUCCUCUUCACAAGGGCAAGCUUCCCAAUGGACAGGAGGUCACUGUGAAGAGGCUGUCUGGACGGUCUGGGCAAGGUUCGAAGGAAUUCAAGAAUGAAAUUGAGUUGAUAGUCAAACUUCAACAUGUAAACCUGGUUAGGCUCAUUGCUUCCUGCUUGGAGAAAGGGGAGAAGAUGCUCAUUUAUGAAUAUAAGGGGAGAAGAUGCUCAUUUAUGAAUAUAUGCCCAAUAAAAGCCUUGAUUUCUUCCUUGAGGAUCCAGAAAGCCGGGUAUUGCUGGAUUGGGAAAAGAGGUUCAAUAUCAUAAUAGGAAUAGCAAGGGGGAUCCUUUAUCUUCACCAAGCUUCUCGACUCAAUGUCAUUCAUCGAGAUCUCAAAGCGAGCAAUGUGUUGUUAGACGAGCAACUGAAUCCUAAAAUUUCUGACUUCGGAUUGGCGUGCAUUUUCAGUGGAGUUCAGGGACAGGCAACUACCAGUAUCAUUGUUGGUACAUACUAAGUGCAAAGCUACCAUAAAUUGUGGUUGCUAAAUAGGCCUUUAUAAUCACCUUGACUUCUCUCUUCAUCAAUUGUAGUUCUGUGC